CCCUCUCCUGCAAUAUCAAAUGAGGAAGGAGCUGCACAGCAACUAUGGCGCAACUUUGAGUCCCAGGUUUUCGCCAGGGUGUGCCAGAGCCUGGGGAUCAACAAUAGGUGGACCACUCUGCAGCAUCCCCGGAGCGAUGGGUUAGUGGAGCGCUUUAACCAACUGCUUUCCACCCAUCUGGCCACCCUGGUCUCCCAGUACCAGCAGGACUGUGACUACCACCUCCCCCUCACACUGUGAGCAUACCAGACUGCGGUCCGGGAGUCUACAGGGUGCACUCCAGCUUCCCUGAUGCUGGGGAAGGAAAUGGCCUGGACCUGGCUCUCUGUUUUCUACUCAGACUAUGAGUGGGAUCUGCAGCAGCAAAGGCAUUAAACACACAGCUUUGCUGGGACCCACCUGGCACAGGCAGGAGCAAAAACAGCACUAUGGGCUGUACUACAGGGGGUCUACCUACCGGCCUGAGAAUCUGGUUUAAGUCUACCACCCAUUCUGCCACAACUCACACUCAGUGAUGACACAUACACUAGGGUGAUAAAUGGAACACAAAGGCAGUGUCAGAGUGGUUACACAUUAAGGGACAAUAACAGAGAAUAAUACAGGCAAACACUAAACUGCAGUUUACACAAUGCGAUUGGGAUUAUUUACAUGAGCAGAAUGACCUAGUGGUCACUCUCACGCACCAUCCCCAGGCCCCUGGUGCCAUAACUCCCAGCCUGCCCGGCGGCGCAUGCACGACCCGGGUGCACCCCGCCGCAUCACCCGAGGAGGAGGUGUUAUGUAUGUUACGUAUUUUUAAAAUAAUUUUCGUGUGCAUUUUUUCUAAAAUUAUUCCUCAUAUAGCAUUGAAACGGUACAAAUUUAAAACAGAUGCUCAAUGUUUCAGACUUUGAAGGAAUGUGCGAGUUUGGGACAGAAGGAUUACAGUUAUGUAUCAGUUGAAAAUGGCCCAAAGCACAGAUUUAUCCCACAAGUGAGUAAAUUUCGACUCUGGGGAAACUUCAGCUGUAACAUUCUCAGAGAUCUGCAACCAGAGAGUCCAUUUCAGGGGGUCAGCCAGACAACCAGUGGGGGUCAAGAGAGAACUUUUCAUCCCAAGCAGCGCCUGAGAUUCACCAUCUCACAGGGGCGUCAAGUCAUGCUCGAUACUGCAGUCGGCAGGAUUGUUUACAGGAAGUACACACUUCAAUUGUAAUAGGAUUAAACCACAUCCUUAUUCAGAGUAAUGUCUUUAAAAGCCGUCUUCCAUCAAGAAAUGGCUGCAAACCCUUGGAUUUCAUAUUUCACUACGCACCCUGAUUUGUUACAUUACAGUACAGGCGUUUUGACUAGAGACUCCCCCGCUCCAAAUGAUAUUGCUACUUUCUGGAACCACGAUAUACAGUACAGUACACCGCCACUUAUGACGGAGCGAGGGGCUGCGUGUGAGAUACACCGAUCUCACACACAGCAUCGCUCACGCUUUAGACCGGAGGGAGUAACUCACGCGCAGCACCUCUCUCUCUCCCGGGCCCGGGCGCGCAGAUCUCGCGAGAGGCGGUUGCCUUGGCUGCAGCGCUGGGUGAAGCUGGCGGGUGAGGGCUGCGCGGCGGUGAUUAUUGCACCCGAGUCCUUUCGGGCAGCGGGGGGUCGGCAGUGCGCGGGGGCUCCAGCGCGAGUGCGAGGCACCAGUCCUGCCCCACUGGGGAGGAGGGAGUACCCGUGUCCCACCCACCCCCUUCAGUUGUGUUAACAGUGGGACCAGCCUGUCCUGGGAUAGAGAGGUGAGCCUUUGAGAAGAUGACCUGCAGAAUGCUUGUCGGCCUAGCGGUUCCACAAGAGCGUGUGACGGUCCAGUAGGACACGGGGUGAGAACUGCAGCUCGGGAGAGCUUUCUACAGUGUGCCUGCGGAUCGGGGGUCCCAGAGGUCAGAUCGGAGAAGCGGCGGGGGUGUUUGACCAGUGACAGCGCAGCUGCCGGAACAACGAUCAAGUGUCUGACGCAAGAGCUGUGCUUGAUUUCGUAAAUGAGUCCCAGGAGCCAGAGAGUGGGAGCAGAGACCCAGCUAAUAAGCAGUGCUGGGUGGCAAAUCCUCAUUAAACAGCCUUGUUAGCGUUGCCCUUCUUCGACCCCCUGAGAAGCAGGAAAGGUUGGCUUGCACCUUCUGCCCAAUUUCUAAUAUCGCUGAGCAGACAGUUUUUCUUCCAGCUGUUCAUCUGUUAAGACAUUGCCUCUUGUGCUCUGUCAAGCUACAGGUUUGUUUAAUGACCGUACUUUCUUCUUUAGGCCAAUCCAAACUCAGUCGUAUCAUCAGGUGAGAGGAGCAGUCCCAUCUUAACACAUGGCAAUAACUAGAGGAAUAUGCCAGCACAAACAUUCUGCUCCAGCAUUUUCCUUUCCAUUCUCUGACUGACUGACAUUCUAUGUUACUUCCUGGACUUGCUGAUGCGAGGAUGACCUCCUUAAGCUCCUCACGCAGCUGGACGGUCCUUUCCUGAGCUGCAGGGAGACAGCGAGAGACUCUCGAGACACCUGUGGUCAGGCAGGUCAUAGGAGAGCAAGAGGACCAUGUCUUGGAAGAGGAAUUAUUUUGCAUCCGGCAGCAGUGGGCUGCAGGGCAUCUUUACUCCUCGGACCAUGACGUCUAUCGCUCCCAGCAAAGGGCUCAUAAACGAGCCUGGCCAGAACAGCUGCUUCCUCAACAGUGCAUUGCAGGUUCUCUGGCACCUGGACAUUUUUCGCAGGAGCUUCCGCCAAUUGACUUCCCACAAGUGCAUGGAGGACUCCUGCAUCUUCUGUGCUCUCAAGAGCAUCUUCGCGCAGUUCCAGUUCAGCAGUGAGAAGGUGCUGCCUUCCGAUGCCCUGCGCAGCGCUCUAGCCAAGACCUUCCAAGAUGAACAGCGCUUUCAGCUGGGCAUCAUGGAUGACGCCGCCGAGUGCUUCGAGAACAUCCUGAUGCGGAUUCACUUCCACAUUGCAGACGAGACGAAGGAGGACAUAUGUACUGCCAAGCACUGCAUCCCCCACCAGAAGUUCGCCAUGACUCUGUUUGAGCAGUGUGUCUGUAACAGCUGUGGUGCCACAUCGGACCCCCUGCCCUUCAUCCAGAUGGUUCACUAUAUCUCCACGACCUCCCUGUGUAACCAGGCCAUCCGGAUGUUGGAGUGCCGGGAGAAGCCCACUCCCGACAUGUUUGGAGAACUGCUCCGCAACGCCAGCACGAUGGGGGACCUCCGGAACUGCCCGAGUAACUGUGGCGAGAAGCUGCGCAUCCGGCGUGUCCUGAUGAACUCCCCCGAGAUCAUCACCAUCGGCCUGGUCUGGGACUCGGACCACUCCGACCUGGCAGAAGACGUCAUUCACAGUCUGGGCACGUGCCUGCGUCUCGGAGAUCUCUUCUACCGAGUGACAGAUGACAAGGCCAAGCAGUCCGAGCUCUAUCUGGUGGGAAUGGUGUGCUACUAUGGCAAGCACUACUCCACCUUCUUCUUCCAGACCAAGAUCCGCAGGUGGAUGUACUUCGAUGACGCGCACGUCAAAGAGAUCGGGCCGAAGUGGAAGGACGUGGUGUCCAGGUGUAUCAAGGGCCACUACCAGCCCCUGCUACUGCUCUACGCUGACCCCCGAGGGACACCCGUGUCAACACAAGACCUACCAUCUCAUCUGGACCUCCACCAUUACAGCAAGGCUUACUACGACAGCGAGGACUCGGGCCGGGAGCCCUCAAUAUCCAGUGACACUCGCACUGACUCCUCCACUGACAGCUACACGUACAAGCAUUCCCAUCAUGAAUCCAUGGCCAGCCACUUCUCCUCUGACUCCCAGGGCACUGUUGUGUGUAACCCCGAGAACGACACUGCCUCCCAGAGCAGCCUGGACACCGGCCAAAUGAUGGACAGUGAGCCAGUGCAGCGAUACACACUGAGGAAAGGCGGGACUGUGGACAGGAAAGGCGGGGCAGGGAACAGGAAGCGAAGCUCUAGUCGUCCUUGGCGGUGUGAGGAGCGAAGCCGAGCCACUAAGGGAGAUGAGGUGUCUUCCGCAGGGUACCACAGCGAGGGAGAGACUCUGAAGGAGCAGCAGGCUCCACGCACAGUUCCCAAACCCUCAUCCAGUCGGCUGAAGGACUUCAAAGAGACGAUGAGCAGCAUCAUCCACAGCCGGCCCCUCUCCUCCUCUUCCAGCUCAGGACUGGGAGGGGUCGUGGAGCCAGGUGCACGGACAAGGGACUGGGAAGUCGAGAGCACCAGCAGUGGGUCCAAGUCAAGCUCCUCGGGGGGGCGCUACAGGCCAGCCUGGCGGCCCAGACGGGAGGCCCUGAACAUCGACAGCAUCUUCAGCCGAGAGCGCCGCAGGCAGGCUGGGUACAGUCAACUUGGGGCCUCACCGCUGCCCGAGGACAGUGGUGCCCACACUGAUUCAGCCCCAGCUACAUCAGAAGGAGGGGCUGGGGCGACCCUGGCCAGCACUGCUCGACCACCCCCUCCUGCCCCUCCCUUGCGGAGCCUGGACAGCCAGCCCCGGCUCAUCCAGAGGAUGGAGAGUGGCUACGAGAGCAGUGAGAGGAACAGCAGCAGCCCGGUCAGCCUGGACAUGCCCCUGAAUGAGGGCUCCAUAGCCACCUCACACAGGGAGACAGGUACAAAAAAGCCCCUAAGCUCAGGCCCAUCCUGGCGCAGUGUGCCCAAAUCAAAGAGCAGCAGCGCCUUGCUGCAGGAGCUGAAGACGCCCCCCUGGAGGAACAGCCAUGCCAGCCUGGCAGGGGAGGCCCGCAGCGAGCUGGAUGAGCUACAGGAGGAGGUGGCUCGCCGGGCCAGGGAACAGGAGCUGCAGAGGAAGAAGGAAAAGGAGAAGGAGGCGGCCAUGGGCUUCAACCCCCGACCCAGCAAGUUCUUGGACCUGGACGAGCUGCAGAAUCAGGGGAAGGGUGACAGCUUUGAGAGGUCUCUGCAGGAGGCAGACUCACUGUUAGAGCAGUCCCUGCGGCUAGAGCAGGGCGAGGACGUGGCUGCAGCGCUCGCUGUCUGUAACGAAGCUGUGUCUAAACUAAGACUUACCAUGCAUGAGGGCAGUGCUAACACUCAUAGCAGAACAGUGGCUGAUAAGAAGCUGCAAAAGUGCAUGAGGAGAGCUCGAAGCCUACAGCAGCGCAUGCAGCAGCAAGAACAGACACGUCCACAAGGGGGCGCUCUGGCCCAGUCACAAAGUGAACAGCCUGUCCCGCUCCAAAUACUGCUGAUGGCCACUCAGGAAGAGGACCAGGAAGCAGACCAGGAUGCCGCUAUUUGCCCGCCCUCUCCUCUCCAUGCAUUGCCCCUUCCCACUACUCGGAACCUGCACCCUGAACCCUCAAAACACUCGUCUCCCUUCCUCCCCCUCCCUGCGGGGCAGGCCCAUGCUCCAGGAUCUCUGGGGGACAGCUCUGAGUGGCUUCCGCCUCCUUCCAGCCCAGGAGGAUGGGAGAAGAAGGGGGAAGGGGAGCAGGAGAGCCCCCCGAAACGCUGGGACAGCGCGGAGUUCUCCAGUGUCACUCAGAGCAAGCCUGGCUUGCGAGUAAGGCCAAUACACAAAUACAAUGCUGUUUCCUUACCCACGCUGCCCCUGGACAGCAGGGAACAGCCUGCCGGCGAAGGGGAGAGCCGUGGCCUGGCACUCCCAUCUCACCAAGGCGUGUCUGGGACAUGUGCCGCACCAGUACCCCACACGUUGUCUCCCUCCCCUCCCAGCUGGUCUGCUGCCGACUCCUGGACAUCUCCAUCUGCUGAGCUCAGCUUACAGGAGCGGGGACAAAGCCACAAGGAGCUCUUCACGGGCUAUCCCAGAUCUCCGACCCGACAGCUGCUCGCAGCCCAUAUUCAAGAUGGCUCUCCUGUCCUAACUCCCUCCAACCCUGGGCUUGCGCCACCCCCUGCUCCCCAGAACUGGUCUUCCUGGAGCCUGGACAGACCUGAUGGAAUCGAAGCAGCUUCCUUUAGAGGUCCCGAUCCCCACCCUCACAGCUACCUCGCCACAGGCAAACCAGGUUGCCCCUCGUCUCCACGAGAGCCGGCAGUGCUAGGCCCUCCAAUACCGGUGGAGCGCUGGGCUGAGAAUGUCACGCGCUAUUACAGCUCCCAGCCUUCCCCACCCACAGACCACACCCAGAGGGACGCAUGCGGCUCCCCCAGUGAGGAGCUCUCGGAGCUGGACUCCCUCUACCAGGCGAGUCUGCAGGCUCCUAGCACUCCCAGGCCCUGGCAGAACUCCAGCCCACAGGCCUACAGCAAACCAGGUGCAGCGACACCAGCUGUGCGCAAGCUGUUCUCUGGGGCAGUGCUGCCUGGACGCUCCAAGACGCCAACAGCCGAGAUUGAGAGGAACGCUUACCGAGCACCUGGCUGUACCAGCUCUCCUGUCCACAUCCAUGAGCCGGCACCUCUACAGCCCAGUGGGCUGCCGCAGGGCGAUGACGAGACCUACAGCGUGGAGAACCUGCGCCGUGUCGCCCGCAGUCUCAGUGGCACCGUCAUCGGAGGGCGCCCCGAUCACAUCGCCACCUCCCACAGCUUUGAGCCCUCGGUCAGCAGGACAAAGCAUGUGGACACCAGAGUCCCGCGUCACGCUAACACCUCCCCCCACUUCACCUCCUCCCACUAUCCUCCUGUGUUUCCCUCUGACCCCCAAAAAUACCACCACCCCCAACACCACCACCACCCUGUCGCACCACCGCACCUAUCCCAGCAGCCACUGCGGCCCAGCGUGGCGGGCCCUGCUCGGAGACUGCCAGGAGAUCACCAGAAGGUCGAGAAGUUUUUGGCUGUGCUUGACCGGAGUGAAGCUCUCCCCAGUGAAAACUACCACAGUGUUGCACUAAGUUAUGGCACCCUGCCCAGGGCGCCUCGCAGGCCAGUGCCAGGGGCGACCCCCAUGGCUUCCCAGCCCAGAGGUAACGCACCACGGCACGUUCCCAUCGGAGCUGCGUGCUUCUCCCGCGUUCCUGAUCACCGGGCACACCUACACACCAGCUGUGCCACCCUUGGCAGCAGUCGCCCUGGUGCCACGCAGGGCAGGACAGCCCCAGAUGCCUACAGCAGGAGACCUGCGCUGCCCAGUCCUCAUGACGCCAACCGCCAGCCUGCCCACCGUUACCAGACCCUCCCGACCCAGCGAGCGGUAUCUGCUUCAACCGCACAGCCUCUCCGCCUGGACAUGCCCCCCGAGAAAGACUGGAGGGACAGCAACAUCAGACUGAACCCCCCCAUUAUGAAGCCUUCUGUGGGCUCUGGUUUCCAGCCUGCCCCUUAUACCAGGGCUGUGCUGAGCUCUGCCCAGCCCUGCUCUUUGUGCCAACAGAGGCCUACAGAGCCCCCUGAUAGCUGCUGCCAGGCCUGCAGAGUGUACAUGGCCCGUGUCCGCCACACCAGCUGAGAGAUGCCCACAGCCUUGGUCACUCAGCUGACCCAGGCCACCCUCUGUCAUUGCUGUGCUCUUUUGGCAUGUUGCUCAGGUGUCAGGCGCUGAGCGUGGUGAGGUUCUGAAAGGAGGUCCUCCAGAAAUGGGAGGGUGUGUGUUUGGUCCAGACAGCACUGAUGCCAGUGCACUGCCCUCUUGUGGGAUCAGUUCAGUACUAUGGGAGACCCAUAACAGGAAAUAGAUAGGCCAGUAUUUUUUAUGUUUCACAUUUUAAAGCUUUCUUUGCUUUUGAUCAUCUUGUAUUUAGUGUGAGUUAUUGAAAUGCAUUAGGGACAGGGAUCAUGCAUUUUCUUUAAAAGUGACAAAUACAUCAUAUGGAUAUUAUAUUGUGAUAAUGUGCAGAUCCUAGUCUGGACGUCAGUGUUGUUCAGGACUGGUUUUAGUUGUUCUGGUUUUUAUUUCGCAGCUAUGCAGGUUUGGAGUAUCACGCAGAUCCGUGAGCCCUCCUCAGUGUGUUUGGUUGAAGCGUUUGAGUCCAGACUUCGCAAUGGAAAAUUCCCAGUUUCACAAAACAGCUCUUCCGGCUGUUUGUACGUGAUGAUUUACAGUAGAUUUUCCCAGAUUUAUUUCUAAAUUUCUAAUGCCUGCUAUUUGGAUGUUAAAAUUCAUUGUAUGUCUUGCAUUUUCAGAUGGAAGCUACAAGGAUAGGCAGGUCCUCUGUCAACCUUCCUAGUGAGGGAGUCUGCGUGCAAGGCCAAUAUCUGGUCGGGCAUUAACUUCUGAAAGGGACAGGGGUGAUAUCUUGUGCCCAGGGCUCCAGCGUGUGAUCCUGAUCACACAAGCGGGACGAGGCAGGAGCGGGAGAGAAUUUGUGACAGAAAACAAGUUAAUAUGGAGACUAAAAGGGGUGAAGCAUAAAAAGUGAGAGAAGACUAAGGUUGAGGUGUCUGAUUGCUUUACAUGCUUCAGUAUGUUGAAUUUGGGGCACAUUUCACAUCUUCUGUAACUUAGCUUUUUUUCAAGUUAGCUGGCCAUGCUCGAGUAUUAAGCAGGUAUUUCAAGUAAAAAUAUUUAUAGUUACCAUUCAGUUUUCUAAGACUUACAUCCUUUAAUGCUAUAUUUCCUGGAUUUUUGUUUCUGCUGUCACUGAUUAUUGUAAUUAUUCAUCACUUUGCUGUGGACAGGAGAAGUCUAUUGAGAUGUGAAAGACACACUUUUUCCUUGUUUUUGUUUCAGGAUAUUCAAGAGCUGGCAUAUAGAAUUCAGCUCCUUGUGUACAGAAAAUAUGUGACUCUAAAUUUUCCUAGGAGGGCUUUUCCUGUAGCAAACGGUGCUCUUCCAUCUAGUGUUACAGGCUGCAAGUCCUGAAUGUUAAACUUCAACUGACAUCUUAUAUUUUUCCAAAGUGCUGUGGCCCAAGAUUAGUAAACUAGCAGUCAGAUGAAGCAUAGUGCACUUAAGAAGUGUUAUUAUGGACCCCUUGUUGUCCGUGCUUGCAUGAUACUACUCAUCACGGAGGGACAAGUUGGGAUGAGGUGUAAAGACCACCUGUGACCACCUCUGGGGUUGUAGGUUGGAUGUUGUGGGGAUACAUGCCCAAACUGUCCUGGCUGGGCUCCCGAUUCUGCAGCUGGUUCCUGGAGCACUCCUGUUGAGAGUAACAUACAUGAAUUUGUUAGGCUAGUGGAACUGGUUCCUUCCCUCUUCCCGCUCUGCGGUUUACAGUUCAGAGUGGACAUUUUGCACCAUGACAAACCGCUCUGAAUCCUGGCCAUUGCCAAGAGCAGACUUCAGCCGUGCACAUCUGCGCAAGCGCACACACAGCCCAGUGGGCGGGCUGCAGCUCCUGGAAAUACAGCUCAACGCCGUGAGCCACAGAACUCCCAGCCCUGUCCUGGGCAUGUAGCUGCAGUGCAGUGUUCAGUGUGGAUCUCAGUAUACUGUUGUUUAAUGCAAUUGUACACAAACAUUUCAGUAGACAUAGAACUAAAAUUGCAUUGCAAGCCAAACUGGACUGCUCAGAAAGCCCAUUCAAGUGAAAUAUAUGUAUUUUCCAGAAUGGAGACACCUGUGAGAACGUCGGGUAACUUACUGUUAACCUAGGGACACAUCUAAGGUGUUUCCAAAUGUUUAGCUAGAUUCUAAAGAUUAGGCCCUUAGGAUCUGGGGCAGUUUUGUGAUAUUUUGAUCACUAACUGGCAUGUCUGUUCUUGUGACAGGACCCUGCUAGAAGAGACACUUCUAUAUAACAGUUAUAUUUUAACUUUGUAGAUCUGAAAGAUUAAACUUGACAGUUUGGAGAGUUUGCCUUGUUUGUAAAGGGCGAGUGUUGACAGAAAAUAGUGGUGAUUUUGAGUUAGUUCCGAGAAACUUAAAACUACAGAUUUUGGUGGCCUUAAAAUGUUUAAUGAUGUUGUUACAAUGAAGGCCAGUGUUUUUUAACAAAUUGUAAAGAUAUCUUCCUUUUUUUUCAAUUGACGUUUACAGCAGAGUGGCUGAGAUGCAUGUUACAACACAUUGUGGAAGUAAACUAUCUCUGCAAAUGAGAGCAAUGACUGCUUCAAGCAUUUCUUUAAACCUAUUUUUCAAAUACUCUCAUUUUUUAUUUUUCCCCUGUGCACAGAGCUAAAUUGAGUAUUGUUAAUGUUGGGUGGCCACUGGAAAAGUCUCUAAAUUUGCAAGUAAAAAGUGGGGAAUUCUACCAGUCAGGGAGGAUUGAUUGUGGGUAAAGGGAUCUGGGAUUACACUUGCAAAAUACUCCAAGUAGACCAGAGUGAACUGUGCAGCUGCUGCCCUGGGUGGGAGUGUUGUAAUCUAAAGUAUCUAAAGUAGAAAGUAGCUUCCUUCCAAAGGGACUUGUAUGAAAAUAGAUUUUCAUAUUCAAAUACUAACCAAAGAUUGCCACUUUAGUGAAAUGAGAGGCAUUUUGAUCAUUUUUUAUUUUUUAUUAACAUUUAUUGUUCACUGUAGUCUUGGCCUUUCCAGUGAAUGAAUGUGCAACACUGCCCCCUAGUGAAUCCGCAGCAGAGACGCAGGUUACGGAUUUGUCUGCUUGUCUAUUUUUGUUCUGUAAACCAAAAAGAUGAUUUAUUGCAACUGUUGAGAUAUGUAUAUAAAUGUGUGUACAGAUAUUAAUAGCCUUUGAAAUGUGAAUUGAGAGAUAAGUCGACCCUGUAAAGGUUAUUCAGAUGGUUUACAAAUAGAGUUUGUAAAUGCUGCGAUGGAAGAUGGAUCUUGUAUUUUUGCAAUAAAGUUAUAAUAAUGUGCUCAUAGAGAAGCACAGCACACUUA